CUACCGGCGCCCCCAAAAUACACGUGUGGCUGUGGCUCAGUAGCUCGCGACACGGUGAGGUGAAACGUGUCGAAAUUAAGCUUAGAAACGGGUAAUUUGCCACAGAAAUCAUGGGUAAAAAACUCAAAGUCGGAAAAACCAGAAAGGAUAAAUUCUAUCAUCUCGCAAAAGAAACGGGUUAUCGGUCCCGAUCGUCGUUCAAGCUCAUUCAGCUCAAUCGUAAGUUCCAGUUUCUUCAGAAAGCUCGAGCUCUGGUGGAUCUGUGUGCCGCUCCAGGAGGAUGGCUGCAGGUGGCGUCAAAGUUCAUGCCCGUGUCCAGCCUCAUCAUCGGUGUGGAUCUGGUGCCGAUCAAACCCAUCCCGAACGUGGUCACCCUGCAGGAGGACAUUACGACGGAGAAAUGCAGACAGGCUCUCAGGAAGGAGCUGCAGACGUGGAAGGUGGACGUGGUCCUCAAUGACGGCGCGCCCAACGUUGGCGCCAACUGGCAGCAUGACGCCUUCUCUCAAGCGAGUCUCACUCUGAUGGCUCUCAAACUGGCCUGCGAGUUCCUCACGAAGGGCGGCACGUUCAUCACUAAAGUCUUCCGCUCCAAAGACUACCAACCGCUCAUGUGGAUCUUCCAGCAGUUCUUCAAGAAGGUUCAGGCCACCAAACCACAGGCCUCGCGAAACGAGUCCGCCGAGAUCUUCGUCGUCUGUCAAGGGUUUUUGGCCCCGGAUAAAAUUGACAACAAGUUCUUCGACCCCAAACAUGCUUUUAAAGAGGUCGAUGUACAAGUGAAAACUGUGAAAGAGCUGGUUACCAAAAAAAAGCCCAAAGCUGAAGGCUACAGCGAUGGAGAUCUCACUCUCUAUCACAUCUUCUCAAUAACAGAAUUCUUGAAGGCUGAAAACCCUGUUGAUUUCUUGAGCAAAGCCAAUAAAAUAACCUUUGAUAACCCCGAGCUUGAAUCCAACCCUCUCACUUCGCCAGAAAUCAAAGAGUGCUGCUCCGAUAUUAAAGUCUUGGGCCGAAAGGAGCUGCGUCUGUUGUUGUCAUGGAGAUCCAAGCUGAGGAGGUUCCUGGCUAAAAAACUGAGGCAGGAAGCCCAGCAGCUGGACCAGGAGAUCAACCUCAGCUCAAACGAUGAAGAGAGCGAUACUGAUGAGAAGGAAAGCAAGAAAAAGGCAGGAGAAAAGAAGGAUGAGAACGAGCCGGACGACGAGGAAGAGGAGAUGGAGAAGAAACUGGCGGAGAUGAAGGCCGAAGAGUUUUCCGAUCUUAAACGGAAAAAGAAGAAGCUCCUGAAGGAACGACGGAAACAGAGAGAGAGAGUGGAGCUGAAGAUGGAUCUUCCUGGAGUUUCCAUCGCCGACACCAGCGAUUGCUCCAUGUUUUCCCUCAUGGCCAUCAAAAAGGCAGAGGGUCUCAGUGUCAUCGCACAGGGCGACAUGAAGGGAGCGGACGCUGUGCUGGAGGAAGUGCAGGAGGAGGACGUGCACCUCUCUGACGAGGACGAAGACGACCGCGUGUCUCUGGCCUCUGACCUCGACUCGGACGACCUCGAGGAAAUCGAGAAGAAAGAGAGAGAAAUCGAGGCAAAGAUGCCCAAGAAGAAAAAAGUUUCAUUUGCCAGAGAGCAGCAGGACGAAGGGGAAACCAACGGGAACGAGUUACUCGUCGAACUGGAAGGAAAAGACGAGAAGAAAGAGCGCGAGACCAACAUGUGGUUCAGCAAGGACAUCUUUGCAGAGCUGGAUCUGGACGACGACAAAGACGCCAUGAGUGAACUGAUACAAACCCAGCUGCUGCAGUCUGGAAAGGGCAAAAAGAGGAAAGCGGAGGCGGAGCCUGCUGCACAGGAAGAGGAAGUGGCCACGCCUUCACAGGAAGUGGAGAAGGCUGGAGACGAAGACGACAGUGACUCUGAUGAUGACAGCAGCGAUGACGAGAGGGAAAUUGCGCAAAUGAAACACGCCUCAGCGGCCGUCGGCAUGGAAGGACUGGCUGAUGACGACGACUUUCAAGUUGUUCCUGUUGAAAAAACAAAUAAACGCGCUCGGAUUCUUGACGCGGAGGGUUUGGCGCUCGGUGCUCAGAUCGCCGCCUCGAAAAAGCGAGCACGAGACCUGAUCGACAACUCCUUCCACAGGUUUGCGAACUCGGAAGACAUGACCGAAGUUCCCGCCUGGUUUUUUGACGAUGAAAAGAAGCACCGGAUGAAGCCUGUUCCUGUCACCAAAGACAUGGUGGAGGAAUACAAGCAGAAAUGGCGGGAAAUCAACGCCCGUCCCAUCAGACGCGUGGCAGAGGCCAAAGCCCGCAAGAAGAGACGGACGUUGAAGAAGUUGGAGCAGGCCAAGAAGAAGGCUGAAGCCGUCGUGAACACGGUGGAUAUUUCAGAGCGGGAAAAAAUGGCACAGCUCAAAAGCAUCUACAAAAAGGCUGGCGUGGGUAAAGAGAAGCGGGACGUCACGUACAUUGUGGCCAAGAAGGGCGUCGGAUCCAGAGUGCGGCGUCCGGCCGGAGUCAAGGGCGCUUUCCGUGUGGUGGACGGACGGAUGAAGAAAGACACGAGGGCCGCGCAGAGGAAGGAUGAGAGGCAGCGAGGCAAAGGAGGGCGGGGCAAUAAAGGAGGGCGGGGUGAUAAAGGAGGGCGGGCAAUAAAGGAGGGUGGGGCAAUAAAGGAGGGCGGGGCAUGAAGGCAGGAAAAGGACGUCCGAAGAAGUGAGCGACGCCCCUCAUGCCCUCAUUCAGACUGAGUUCAUUUGGCUAGCCGUGUCGUACUGACUGGAUUAUUAGCGCUGUAUGCUAAUAUACUCCUCCCGCCUCUUGUUACCAACAACAUGCUGCUUUGCUCGGACUUUGACACACUUGAUUAUAAAUAAGGGGCUGAACCUUUAGACCAAUCAGACGUGGCUCAGAUCGUUGAUGUUUUUCAGCAUUGUUAUAAUGCUGCGUGUUUUCAUGUUUAACAUAUACUUUGUGGUAUAUGAACUUCAGGUGUAUACAGAAACCUCCUGAUUUUUCUGGAUUAAUUAUGCCAAUGUAUAUGCAAAAAAAAAUCUGCUUGGAUUGUUAGUGACUUUUUAAAUAAAUACAAGCUAAAAUUGA